AUGGCUGGUACUCUGUGGUGUGGGCAGUGGGUGAGGUCCUGGAUUUGGAUGCCGGAGCGGCGGCUGUGGAGGGUGGGUCGCUUGGUUGGCUCUCCGGCGGGUGCCAUGUCGGCGGUGGUGGCUUCCUUCUUGGUUCGUGCGGGCGACGAGAGGGGUAGCAGUUGGUGGCUCAGGCGCGUCCUCUGCUGGAGGUCGCCCAGAUCUGGAUCUGGGUUGAAACUAGUUCUUAUCUUUGGAUUUGGCAUGUGUGUUAAGCAGAUCAUGGGCACCGGAAACUGCUCUGAUGAAGCAAUCCGUGACUUCUCUAAUCACAUAGAUGGGCAAUUGGUGCGAGUGAAUGCUCUUCUCGCGGCGAGCACCAUCGUGAUAGGAGUUAUGGUCGGGAUCGGUGCCUAUGGUCAGCGCUUCCGUCACCAUCCCCUGACCGGCUUCCUCUUCGUUGGUGCCAACACCUUGUUUCUGCCCAUCCUCUCGUAUGUUACCUCUACCAUUGGUAAUCAAGAUGUCAUCGCCAUUUUCUCUGGUCCACACAUCAUAUCAGGGAGUUGUCACACACAGGACCACAUCAUCUCUGUCUUCGUAUGGGCUAGUCUUAUUCAGAUUGCUGGCCUCAACACCACUGCAAUAGUUGCUGGUGAUGAUAAGGAAGGUCGCAACAUUACCCCUCCAGCCACAGUACUGCUUGUUCAAGCAAUAUGGACUUCCUACCUUGUCGUUAACUUGCUAGGAAAGGAUUUUUAUUCACCGAGACAAUGGUCGCUAAAGAAUGUGGAGCCCGGAGAUGUAUUGGUCCUUCUUCCAUCCUUUGCUCUUAUCGUUGCUAAACUCCUUCUCAAAUAUUAUGCAUGGUACAGUGCAAGAAGUUCGUUAGCAUUUGGGCGCAAUCCACAUCUCAUUGUUGGAUACAUGGAGCAGCUAAAAGAUGAAAAGCAGCAUGUCGGGCCAGCAACUGAGCAUUCCCUUCCUCCACUCAUUGUUGCAGGAGAGGACAUAAGAUUGAUAAAUUUUAAAAGGGUGCCUUAUGGUUACAGUCUCAAAUUGUUAUCCAACCAAGCUGAUGGGGCAAGGAUUGAAAACAACAACUUAGUGACCAUUGACAAAGUUUGGCAGCUGCAGGAUGACAUGCUUCCGAGGUCUUCAAGGGAACAGUUUAAAGAUUUAUGCUUUUCAUUCGCGUUGUUCAAGCUGCUAAGAUGCCGAUUUGCAAGGCAUACAAUUGUUGAGACUUGUUUCAUGAAGGCCUAUAACUUAUUGCCACACAUGUUGCUCCAGGAUAGUGAUGAUCAAAGAGCAUUUGGUGUGAUUACACUUGAGCUUUCUUUCCUUCACGAUUAUUAUUGUUCAUCUCUCACAACCUCAUAUUCGAGGAGUUGGCUGCCCAUUUUGAGCAUAUUUAUAUCUCUCUUAAGCAUGGGUUGGAGCUUGUUCUAUAUGUUGGAUGAAACUCUUCAUAUGACGGGGGAAGCUUCAUGGAAUGAUUCACAGAUUGAAUGUAGCAUUGAAUGUGAUACAUUGACCUGGAAACAUUAUGGAAAGUGGUACUUGGAUGAUGUACCCGUAUUUUUACUUGCGUCACUAGUUGUGCUUUCCGAGCUACGGGAGAUUGCUUCUUACAUCUGCUCUAACUGGACUAAAGUAUCCCUCAUCUGCCACUAUGUUAGGCAUGCUUCUUCCUGGCAGCAAUCACCUUGGAAGAAGAAGUUACUAGGCCUUGUGCUACAUAGAAAAUGCAAGCUGCUAAAUCAUUGGGUGGACAAAAUGAACCAGUGCUCAGUAUUGACCCUCAACCCAAGAACAACUCCACUGGCUCUUCUUCAUCGCCUCAUCCCUGUGCUUGACCGGAAGAAGGUACCGACAGUUGUGAAGACUGCCGUUCUCAAGCCACUGAGGAGCCCAGGUUGGAGGAACCGAAGCAAUGGCGUGGCAUCCCUAUGCACAAGGCUACAACUGCAGCCCGACAACAACCCUUUCUCACAGUCCAAUGGCGUCAAAGGUAUUGCUAAUACAAUGCUGGUGGCUUACAUUGCCACGAGCAUCCUGGAAGUGAGUAGAUCGGGGAAGGAUGACUUUGAUCAUAAGAUCGCCGCCACACACUUGUCACGCUACUGCGCCUACUUGGUGGCCUACGUCCCCGAGCUACUCCCCGACGACAACCAGUGGUGCAAGAGCCUAUACAAGGCCGUCCAGAAGGAAGGCAAGCGUGCACUCGCGGUAGCCGGCGGCGCCAAGGCUGUGGCAUCGAACCCCGAAGCGCUGGUCCAGGCGCUGGGCGCCGGGAAUGAAGCGGAGCACUACGUGCUCAAGAAUGGCGCAGAGCUCGGCAAGAAGCUGAUUGAGCUGGUGGAGGAGAUAGGAGAAGAGGAGGCAUGGGAGGUCCUCAUGGACUUCUGGUCCGAGAUGAUCCUCUAUGCCGCCCCCUCGGACAAUGUCGAGGCUCACGCCGAGGCCAUUGCACGGGGCGGGGAGCUGAUAACUCUCAUGUGGGCCUUGCUCACCCACAUCGGGAUCGUCAGCCGGCCAGAGCCCGCCACGCCUGACAACGCUCGUUGUGAUGUUUAA